AUGGAAAAUACGCUGAGGGAAUCGCUCCGGAAAAAGGGAAGUCGAUCUCUUACUAUCAAGAACACUGCCCGUGGAGAGGAACUAGUUAUUAAGAUCUGGCGCCCUGUCAAAUACCUCCCUCCACCUUCUUCUAAUAUGCCCGUCGACUACUCGCCCGUGCGAUCAACGGAAAGCCAGGAAGAGGACAUUUACGAUGUCGAAAAGAGACCUCCCAGGUCGCAGUGCCGAUUCCCCUUCGUCAAACAGGCCUUAAGUCCACGCUUUUGGAUGAACCUAUGGGCUAUUUUCAACACUACAUUCACUCCCAUUCGCGAAGAUGGCGCCGAGCGGUACGUCAACACACGUUGCAAACCCGAUAAAAUCUUUCAAUCUCCUCCAACGGACGAGGUAGACGCAGCCUGGCAUGGUUGGCUACGAGGCACCAUAGAUAAUGACCAUUUGAUCCGCGUCUCGGGAGAUAAAGCAAAGGAAUUGGGUCUUCCUGAAGCCGUCCAGAUCUACGAUGAUCCUGGGUAUCACGAAUACACUGUUUGA